AUGGUCUCCGCAAAGAAGCACGUCGCAAUCGUCAAGAAGCAUCCCAAGAAGUGGCACCGACACCAAUCCGACACAUUCAAAUGUGUUCCUUCAGCAUGGAGAAAGCCAAAGGGUAUCGACAACCGAGUUCGCAGACGGUUCAAGGGUCAGAUGGUCAUGCCAUCGAUUGGUUUCGGGUCAAACAAGAAGACUCGACACAUGAUGCCCUCUGGUCACAAGGCUUUCCUCGUUCACAACCCCCGUGACGUUGAACUUCUCCUUAUGCACAACCGAACCUAUGCCGCCGAAAUCGCAUCUGCUGUUUCCUCCCGAAAACGAAUCGAAAUCGUGGCCAAGGCAAAGGCACUGGGUGUCAAGGUUACCAACCCCAAGGCCAAGAUUACCACCGAGUCAUGA